CGUUCUCCCAUUCUAAACCGCGCAUGUGCGUCUCCAGGAGUGUGCAGCACAGCGAUCAGAGGUGCGCUGUGUCCGGAUCACCGAUCCACGGAAAGAGCCGAAGAUCUGUGUCCAAUCACAGCUGAUCAAAUGGGACAAGUACACUGAUCAUCAGGGCACUGAUGAUCAGUGUGCCCUGAUGAUCAGUGUAGCCCCAGCAGUGCCACCUGUCAGUGUCCAUCAGUGCCAGCUCUCAGUGCUCAUCCAUGCCACCUGCCAGUGCCCAUCAGUACCACAUCAAUGCCACAUAUCAGUGCCUACCAGUGCACAUCAAUGCCACAUAUCAGUGCCCAACUGAGCUGCCUUUCAGUGUCACCCAUCAGUGCCAGUCAGUGCCACCUAUCAAUGCCAAUCAGUGCCACCUAUCAGUGCCAAUCAGUGCCAGUCAAUGACGCCUAUCAGUGUGCAUCAGUGCCACCUAUCAGUGCCCAUCAGUGCUGCCUAUCAGUGCUGCCUAACAGUGCCAGCCAGUGCCACCUAACAGUGCCAGUCAGUGCCGCCUAUCAGUGCCAGUCAGUGCCGCCUAUUAGUGCCACCUAUCAUUUCCGCCUAUUAGUGCCAUAUAUCAGUGAU